AUGGCGGAUGUUACAAUGUUCACAAUUUUCGGGAACGAUGAAAAAAGUCACCUGGAUGUGGAUAUAGAAAUUUCGAAAUUUCAUAGAGAUAAAUGCCUUUCGUUGGUGGAGGUGCUCAAGUUCAGUGGAAAAGUUAUUGUUCUCACUAAACAUCAAACAAUACGAACUUCCCACCUUGAAUAUAUCGACAGAAGAAAUUUUCUGACGAAGUCGUGUGGACAACAAAUCGAGCAUUCCAGGAAUAUUUCGAAAAAUAUCCAUGCGGUCAGAGUCAGAAGUUGGUCGGAAAUGAAUUUCAUUCAUCUACUUGCUGUAAUCACAAUAAUACCGCUAUGCAUGUCUUGGUCUUCGUUUUUUCCUACUCAAAUUGGUCAGCCGGGCGACCUAGAAUAUGGAAAAGGGAACACUGAGUUCUUGGGAAACUUCACUUGUUCAUUGAACAAAGUCUGGUGCAUUCAUGUGGAGUAUGUGGAACUUGAUUUCACCUUUGACGAUGGCCUCGGAGAGCUUCCUUUCGUUUGUGUGAACGGAUCGACAGUUCUUCAGAACUACCAUUUCGCCAAUCUGAGCGGAACCGAAAAAUGGCACAUUUUAGACCGAAGUUACGAUCCUGGCAUGGUGGUUCUGCAUGACUGCACCGAGAACGGCAGAGUCUAUCAGUAUGUUCACGAAUUUCCGGGACAAAUGUUCAAAUACAAUUGUUCGAACUACAAAUAUUCACUCGAUUUGGUUGAGAUGGGGAAACAAAGAGAGGAAAUGCUGUACUAUCACGCUGGUGAUUAUCAAAAAAUUGUGAGAGAAUGGAUUAUGCAGCACGUGACCAAGGUACCACUGCCAGGACUUGAGAACGCCGUGAGACCACCAUGGAAUUCAUUGCCUCCAAAGUUCCCAACUUCUUUGUGUCUCGGUGAAAUGGAUGAUGAGACUCCAUAUUCUGAAACUCUACAGUAUUAUGAGGCUCUUUAUUUUAAUUACACAACCGAUGAUACCACGACUUCCUUGAACUUGUCUUCUUCCACCAUCAUGUCUCCUGAGAUGUCUUCAUCAUCUGGUGAAUCUUCGAUUGUUGUCUCAAACUCGACCAUGACUUGA